UCUCCCUCCGUCUCUAGAACCUACGAGAUUUGUCUCUCUAAGCAUCGGAUUUAGGGUUUUGUUCACUGUUCUUUGGAUCGCAGUCUUCGUUUUUGGGCAGAGUUGGUGACUUCAGGUCAAGGUGGGAUUGGAGUGCUAAAUAUGACAUCAAUUCAGAAAAUUGCUUUUAGUGUCAGUGCUGGGUAGUACAAGUUGAAGGAAUGUCAGACUCGUGCAUGUAUGAGCUUGAAGAUAUCAUUUGGGAUGAAUUUGGUCUGAGCGAUGAUCAUAUUGUACCUCAUCCUAGUGACGAACAAACCUAUGAACAUACAUUUCAAGGAGAUAGCCCGAAGAAACCUCGCCGUGAAGUAGGUGGUGUUGCAAAUAGUUCUGGAGGCCCGAAUGCUGUUAAAUGUGUCAGUCAGGGAAAGGAGAAAAGAGACUUUUCAACUCUGAAUGAGAGAAGGAAUACAAUGUUGGAAAAUAAUUCAUGGUCUAAAACACCUGAUGGUUUACUUCCUGCUUCAUGUGAUAAUGACUUAAUCAAAGAAGUGACAAGUUUAGCAUCUGACAAUACUAGGAUAACAAGUCAGUGCUUCAAGAGUAGCAAUGUAGAUUCAUUUGGGGACAAUGACCUCAGUUUUUUUGACGAUAAUCACGGGGAUAAAGAAUCUAGUAAUCUGUUAUAUUAUGGUUGGCCCGAUAUUGGAAACUUUGAGGACGUGGACAGGAUGUUUAGAAGUUGUGAUACUACCUUUGGCCUUCGGGGAGUUGGAAAUGAAGAUGAGUUGGGUUGGUUUUCAUCAUCAGAUGGUAUUGAUGGAUCAAAAGAUGUGUCUAAGUUUACAUGUCCUGAGUCAAGUGCAUUUAAAAAUGUAUCCGAAAAUCAUGAUCCUUCCACGCUGGAUAAUUUGGGUUGUUCAAUCAAUGACUCGAGCAUGAAAAGUGCUUCUGUUAGCAAUAAAUAUAGUUCUCAGCUAUCAGAGGAUGAUGAGUCUGCCACUCUCAGUCAUUUAUCUUUUGCUAAUGGGUCUGUUAUGGUUGCUAAAACCAAGGAUCAGUUGAUGCCAAAAGAGCAGGGAGUUGAGUUCAAUGGUAGAUCCCAGUUCAAAAUUUCAGAUACCAACCACCCGAAAAAUGACAACAGUGGAACGAUCAAUAAAAGGCAGUCAAAGCGCACGAGCCCAUCUGAUCGAAAAAGGCUAGACCUACACUUGGAAAAUGGUCCUUCGUUUCAUUACAUGGGACACAAUUCCUUGGGCUACUUUCAGAGCGAGAUUCCUUAUAUGCAUUCAGACUAUAGUUAUCCUUCAGGGACAAGUACAAGUAGUCCAGCUCCAUCUGGUAUUAAAUCUGAAAAUAAGGAAUUCACAUAUCGAUCCUCAAAGGAGUCUUCCAAUGCAUCAAAUCAGGUGCAGUCUAUGGAGAGCUCACAAGAUCCUUCGUUUGAGGGGACUGCUAUAACCCUUAUUGAAAAGAAACAAAAACUACAUCACAGGCAAGGAUUGCACCCGUCAUUUACUGGCAAUCCUAAACACGUGGAUAUGGUUGUUCAGGCUUCAAAUUGUGGUCCAGUUUCAGUUCGGAAGCAAGUCCAUCAUUCUGGUAAUAAAUUUGAAAAUCACAGUGAUGUUGAAGGAGUUAGCAUACAAAUUUCAGUAGAAGGUUCUUCAAAUGCAUUGGAAAGCUCUUCUAUGAGUACAGGGUUAGAAGAAGUCUCGCUGGAAGCAACUAGUUUUCGUCAACUUCAACUUGUCACAGAACAGUUGGAUUUAAGGACGAAACUAUGCAUACGGGAUAGUUUGUACCGUCUUGCUAGAAGUGCUGAACAAAGGCAUAAACAUGAAAAUCUGAAUGGAAGCUGCGGAGAUGAUAGAGAUACCAGUGGGGCACUGAUGGCUGACGGAACAAACAAGUGUGCCGGCUUUAUGGAUAUGGAAACUGAUACAAAUCCCAUAGAUCGGUCUGUAGCACACUUGCUGUUUCACAGGCCCUCCUCCGACUCAUCUGUAACGCCUGCUCAUGAUGCUUUGGGUAUGAAGUCACAUACCAUGAUUCAUGGGUCUAUCACUAGUCCCCCUGUGGUGGCUGAGAAACUGGAUCCUAUGGAAGAAACAGCAAAAAAUACGGAUUGA